AUUGCUACGUAAGAGUUAGGGAAAUUUGAAUGUUGUAAUUUCACAUCGAAUUUAGCGAUAUGGGGUUGGGUGGGCGUCAAAUAUCCAUGCAUUCGAUUUAAAACGUUUAUUGAAGUUUCAAACAGUAACAAAAUGUUACACGAGGUGUUAAUGGCACUUGCUGGUUAUCCAAGCUCGGUGUUUACAGAAGUAGGCGGAAAGGCUGUGGAAUUUAUGUCUUUCAUCCAUCCUGGAGAACGAGCCCUUUUGAACAGAGUAAUGAUUAUUGCAAUUGACUACAUGGCAUUAAGGGAUUUUCUACGGUUUUAUAAGUGUGUGCCAAGUCCAGUGAAGAAGGAAUUUUCAUCUGGUGGAAUGUAUCUUCGUGCCUUUUGCAAUGCUUUGGAUGAAGUGCUGGAACCGUAUGAGAAGGAGCUAAGUGAACUUGAAAUAUCAGCUCUCAAAGAUCCUUACUUGCCUUUAACAUUUGUGGUUAGUAGGGCAGAGAAGUACUCAGGACUUUUCAGAGUUCUGAAAGACAUGAUCUCUCAGAUAAAAGAACAGAACAUCUAUGGGUGCAGCCUCCUGGGUUUUGUGCACAGAUACUUGUUAACUGGAGUGAAUGAUGUGAAAUCUGCAAUGAAAUGCAUCCUACAUAACUGUCACAAAGUAUUCUUCAAGCAACUAUCCAGCUGGUUAUUGUGCGGUGUUCUAGAAUGUGGUGAUGAAUUUCUCAUAAAGCAGCAAAAGAAAGAAGAUACUGCUCCAUCACAGUCCUCACUGGGAACUGAAACCUUUGUGUCGAGGAAUGAGAGUCUGGUUAAGUAUCCCACAUAUAAUGACUAUUUUAUUGACUUCAGUGUUGUGCCUCCGUAUAUCUCAAUAUCAUCUGCAUACAAAAUUUUGUUCAUUGGACAAACAAUUCUUAUGUUCAGAAGUGAUCCUCGAGAAAAGAAAGUUAAGAAACACAAGAGUGUUGCCACCAUUUGGGGUGACAGGGAAAAUGAGUUUUGUUUGAAGUUGAAAGAGCUGCAGGCGAUGGAUACCUUCAAUGUCUCACAGUUUGAAAAUACGAUUGAGGAAAUUCGGCUUUGUGUUACCGAGCAUCUUUGGGAGCUGGCUGUAGAAGAUAUGAAACUUUUUUUACAACUGAAGUUAAUAAAGGACUUCUUUUUGCUUGGUCGAGGAGAACUCUUUGCUGAAUUCAUGCACCAAGCAGAAAGUAUCCUAGAUAAGGUCCCAUCCAGAACUUCAAAGAGAGAUGUAAACCGAGCAUUCCAAGUUGCUGCACAGAAAGUUCUAAUGACCGAUGAGGCAGCUCUUGACAAAUUUUGUUUUUUCCUUCCGGGAAGAGCUGAAGGAGUUGAAAUAAAAGGAAAUGGAUGGGAAUUAUUAAGCUUGAAAUAUAAAGUAGAUUGGCCAUUGCAUUUAAUGUUUACUGAUGAAGUACUCAGGAACUAUGAUCGCCUUUUUAGCUUUCUGCUGCAUGUUAAGAAAACACAAUAUGACCUUCAUCACAUCUGGAAUGAUCAUAUGAGCAUAAAAAAUAUGAAUUAUAAAUCCAAGACAGCUCUGUGGCAGCUACGCAACAAUCUGAUGUUUGUAGUAGAUAACCUGCAAUAUUAUCUCCAAGUGGAUGUACUUGAAAGUCAGUAUACAAUUCUUCAGACAGCUAUAAGCUCAACUAAGGAUUUUGAACAGAUUCAGAAAGCACAUACAAUUUUUCAGGCAAAUAUUUUGAGUCAGACAUUUCUUUUGAUGAGCCCAGUGGAUGAUAAUACUCAAAGUGUUAGCUACCGGACCAGGGGCUUUGAAGACAAUCCUGUUCACAAGACUAUUUCUACACUUCUUGAUCUUAGUAAGUCAUUUUGUGCUGAGCAGCAGAACAACCCCUUUGAUGAAACCAAUAUCUCAAAGAUGCAACAGGAAUUUCAUCACUCGAUGUCAGUUCUGUUGCAGCUGUUCUCCACAUUGAGGUCUCAUCCUUGUGGUGCUCAUUUAGCCCAAUUACGACUACGGCUCGACUUUAAUUUUUGGUUUAGCCAGUAUGCCAAACCAUCCACAUUAAAUGGAAGCUUUUAGUACAUAAAACUGAAAGGACUUUCUGUGUUGAUAUUCCUGUAAUUCAAGGUUAAUUGUGUAGCCUGAGUCAGUAUGUUAUGGUAAACAAUCUUGUCUGUAGUGGAGCCCACACUGUAUGGAAUUUAUUUUCUAAGACAUAAACUUAAUUAUUGUAAAUGUAAAAGGUAGAUGAUUGUUGAUGUUUACUAUUUGGAAUACAAAAAUCUUUCCUACCUAA